AGCUUUUUCCACCGCUGGACUAUGUUGUUCUACUGGUGUGGCUGUGUGCAUUAUCUGCACUGUUGGUUGGAUCGCUGCUACCGCGUACAAUCGUCGUCUCUUGCUAACGUAUAUUGGAUUCGUCAUUCUUCUUGCAAUAAUUCAAAGCGUAACUGGCGUGCUCGGUUUAUCUUACAAGGAAGCUGCUCGUGAACAUGUUCGUAUGGAUCUCCUUCAAAAUAUCAAUCGUACUGCUCUGGUCACUAGUCAAGGUCGUAUAUUCGAUUUGACUGCUUCUUGGGAUAAGCUGCAGAAAUCAUUGAAGUGCUGCGGAGUCAAUAAUUCCUCUGACUGGCAUUACGCGCAUCGCUGGCCAUCACAACAGUUUGUUCCCGAUAGUUGUUGUGAUCCAGAACAUUUCGCGGAUGUUGUCGUAAUGGGAAAUUGUGGAAAGGUCGCCAAUACUACCCUCCUCUAUCAACAGUCAGUGAGAAGACAUAGAAUUUCUUGCAGUCGAGACGAGUACCAUCGUUGCUUAGUCGAGUUGAACGAAAUCGAUGCAAGGGAUCUUCGUGUGCAACCCAAUGACAGAAUCGGCGACGCCCGUCAGGAUCCUUUGGACAAGAUCCUCUAG